AUGACAAACUAUACUGGCUCUAAAUCUAUUAGAAAACUUGCAAUUAAAAUUUUUUUAAUCACACUACAUUCUGCUGAUUGUGAAAGAACAUUUUCAGCAUUAGCAAAAAAAAUAUCAUUGAAUAACUUACAAGUUCAAGUUGCAUCUGUAACUUUUUUGGUUGAAGAUAAUGAAAGAAUUAUAGAGGAUUUUGAAGUAGAGGAAGCUGAAUAUAAUUUAGAAAUUAUUGAACAUUUUGAUAUUGAAAAUAUAGUAUUUUUAAAUGAUGAAGUAUUUCGAGAUAGUGAAUCUGAUAGUGAUAAUGAAGAAUUUCAAGAUUAUGAAGAUGAGUUUGAGAAACUUAAUUAUGAUAAGUUAACUGGUAAUAAAACAGAACAAGAUUUAAAUACUAUAAAUAAUAUAGAUUCGAAUACUAUAGAUAAUAUAGAUUCGAAUACUAUAGAGAAAAAUAAUGCAAAUGAUAAUAUUACUAGAGAUUCAAGUAUUAUAGAGAAUGAAAAUGAAGCAUUAAAGUCUGACCUAUAG